GCAGUGUCCUUAAGUAGCGACGCGAUUAUCGAGCGAUACGAACUCGGCGGCUAAAUAUUCGAGGGCUGUGUGUAGUGAGGGAAGAGGAGUGGGGCACGACGCCGAGUGGCACGGCCCUGACGCCGGGUCCCGUAGCGGUGGGCAUGCCUGCGGAAGAUGGAAGGCGCACGAACCGAAUGGUGUAGUUGCCUUUAACCGGCCUUAAUGUGAAGAUCGGAUCGCCGCCGAUCAGCGUACGCGUGCACAAGAACGAGAGUUAGAGCCACCGGCUUAUCGUACGGAUCGCGCCGAGAAUGAAAUUCUCUCUUUGCCUGGUAGAAUAUAGCAGCAGAAGUAGUAGUAGCAGUAUCUCGUCGUACGACAGUCUCGACAAUAAAAGAAAACGGCUGGAACGUUUAUGGCCAAACGGCAGUAGUACCGGCGGCUGUUUCGCCUGAACGGAUUUAUUUUUCGUGCACGCAUUUUCCACGCGUUUCCACUGGACGGUGAAACGGAAAGAAGCUGCGCCGUUUUUCUUUAUUUUUUUUUUUUUUCUUUCAUUUCGGUUUUUGCUCAGUGCCGCGUAACAUCUCGUCCUCGCGUGGCUUGUCCUCUUAUUCGAGACCAGCCAAUCUCGGAAUCUAUCUAGACACGCCUUGCAGAAGAAAAAGAGGCGGGACGCGCCUUAAUUCGUUCUAUUGGUUUCGUUUUUAGCGCGAGAUUCAAACUCGCGCCAAAGUGUGUUCCACAGUGGAUACUAUUUCUCUUUCGGGUUACAACGCUAAGUGGCCGACAGGCGAAAUGCCGGUGCCAGUUUGGGAUUGCUCUGACCUAGGCCUGUUGGACGAGCCUCUGGCUACCACGACAGUGGUAUCCGAUGACAUAUGGAAGAAAUUCGAUUUUGACUUCCCUCUGGACCGUUUGGACGCCGUCCAUACGGAUGUGUAUCACGAGCGCACGUUCGAGGAUAGCGUUCUGCCGGAUUUGCUGUACGGCAAAAUGAGCUGCCUUGCGUCACGAAAGAUACGUCAUCAUGAUUGCAUGUGGGCUGGGCUGUGCAUCAGUAAAGAGCAUAACAGGACGUUGCCCGCGAAGAAAAACUCACAGAUGCAGAAAAAGGUGCCGGCCGGUCGUAGUGUGUUGAUAUCGCGGGCAGGCAUAACUCAUAUAGGAAAUUCUUUGGUCAAUCAGCAACAACAGUGCCGUACAAGAAAUCUGGAGAGUGACGGAGAUUCAACUAGACCGGAAACACCGAGCUCGAGCUCCGAUACGGAGACGGAGGACGAGGGCCCGUUCUUCAGACACGAUCAGAUCAAUAUACACGAGAAAUUGUCCGAGUGCAUGUCAGACGCGGUUACCAAGGCUGUCCCAGUGAGCGAGGUCACUGGCCAGCUGGUCAGGUUCCAUGACAGGAGGAAAGAGGAGGAGGAAAAUCAGUGUCAAGUGCAUAGAGAGACCAAUAUCAGGAACACUCUGAGCGACCAUUGCUAUCAUCUGAAUCAGCCUAUUGGGAAGAACCUGGAACAUCUUGGUGUACAGACACCUUCUGAUUCCGCUAAUUUUGGACGUGUUUCGCUCGCCAAGUGGGAUAGGUUGGGAGCGGAUAGAAGAGAUGUUUCGUAUGACGUUCGUGCCAGCUAUGUGUGUAUGCGAGAGGAGGAAGAGAUCGACGUGGUGACCUUCGAGAAACCGUGCAGACCGGCGGCAUUACCAACGUACCCGAGCCUGGCCGACCAACAGCACUUCCAAUUAACGGUGAACACAGCGUUCAAAGAGAAAGCUCCUGGAACCAGACCACGUGGCCGACCUCCCUCGAAUCCAGCUCGGAAAAGGACCGCUCAAUCGGAGCCGAAGCCGGCGAAACGGGCCCGGCACAGGACUUACCAGAGGAGGACCAAGGUGGGACGAUGCGUAUCGUCGUCGCCCAAGAGCGUGUCGAGAAGCUCCUCCGACGACGAGCUGGACACCGAGAAGAGGAGUCUGCACAACAACAUGGAACGCCAGAGGCGGAUAGAGCUGAGAAACGCGUUCGAGGAUCUGCGUAUCCUCGUGCCAGCUGUCGAGAAGAAGGAGAAGGCGCCGAAAGUCGCGAUCUUGAGGCAAGCGGCUGUCUACUGUGAUACAUUGAACGAGAUGAACCAGAUCUCGAUGGCCCAGGUGGCGGAUCUGAGGCGGCGACAAGAGAGGCUUCGAACGAGGCUCAGUGUUCUAAGGAGGAGUCUCGCCAUGACGCGCUGAGGGAGAGACUCGGGAGAAUCGUGUCAGAUUCAGCCCACGAACACGCGAACCACACCAACCACUUGCUCGAAACGUACGAGUCGAAUUUGUUGUUACUCCCUCGGAGAGAAGAGAAUGGAGGACGAUGGAUGGAUGGAUGGAUGGACGAGCGACAAAUCUCUACUCGACGUUUCGAGACCGUAGGGACGAUUUUUUUUUCAAACACGCCUGCAUGCGAACGAGGAAGACUGCCUGACAUUGUUUAAUUUGACACUCUGACACUUGUAUCUGCCUUCGGUCGCACAGCAUAGGGGAAAGAAACGCUUCGAACUAGAGCAAGAUGGCGCCGUUGAGUAAGAAGCGUCGGGCAUUUUUAGUCCUGAUCAACGAGAAGAGAGAUGAACGUGUUGCGAUUCUCCGAUCCUAAUCGAAGUUCUCGGAACUUGGUCGGAUAUGGAUAAAUCCAUAUCCGUUUUAUCGUAUAAGAGAAACGAAUAUAUAUAUACAUAUAAUAUUUAUAUAUAUAUAUGUAUAUAUAUUUAUAUAUAUGCACACGUAAUGUCAAAAGCGUCCCAAGUUUCGUUUGCUUCGAGUUAAGGGGAGAAUCGAUGAAGGAUCGAUGAUAUUAAAUGAUGAUUCGUUCUGUCGAACGUGUACCAAGAACGAAGAGAGAAGAGAUGAAAUAUCGUUCGCAUAUAAUCGACACCAACAAACAUUGGAAGAGAUCGAAGAAACCGCCAAAAAAAAGGAAAAUAGCUUCGAAGAGGAUAUUUAUAUAUACGUAUAUUUGUAGAAGAGUUUCUUCGAAUAGCGAACUGCAAAAAAGGUGAAGGGAAAGAAUUGAUAGAAGAUCGCUUUGGCCGGAGUUCGCAGAAGGUAUAAAGGACGUAAAAAAAAAAAAAAAAAAAAAAAAAGGGAGAGACAAAAGAGAACAACGAUAGAUUCCGAAUUUCUCUUUGUCAUUGUUUCUAUUCUUUUUUUUUUUCUCGUUUUAUAUUAUAUAUAUAUAUAUUAUACACGCGCAUACGUACAUAUACGUAUAUACGAUUUAUCACGGUAAAAUGCACUGCGAGAAGAAAAAAAUCACGAGGCUUGAAUCGCGACGUCAAGAUAUAAAUAUUGAUUUUUUUUUUUUUUUCGAUCUCUUUCUCGAUCAGUGUCAUCUUAUCAGAGACAGAUAUUAUCGACUGAGACCGGUUUUCCUGGAGCUUGGGAACUCGUACGUAUUAUUUUAUAUAUAUAUAUAUAUAUGUUUCACGAUAUAUAGAGGCAAUAGAGCAACGAUGCACGGAAACGUUCGAUGAGGAUCGAGAUACGUGGCCUUCAAUCGAAUAUAUAACUAUUUAUCAUGCAUUUUUCACGAUACAUAUAUACACACACAAACAUAUAUAUUAUAUAUAUACAUACACGUAUAUGCACACUCGUGGUUUUUCGUUUUAUCGCGAAAGACUUGCAUUUAGAUUAUGUCGAGACAAAUCUCCAAGUGGGGAGAAAAAAGGAUUAUUAUAUUAAUAAUAAGAGGAGUCUCGAUGAUUUCGCGACUCGGUUCUCGAAUCGUUUGAUCCUCUGAUCGAUGCAAAAUCCGUGCGCCACACAAGAGAAGGGAAAACGAGGUGUUUUUUUAUCAACGAAUGUUGCACAUAUGUUUUGGGUAUCGUCGGUUCCCUAGCUAUAACUGGUCUUAGUACGUUAUUUCAGGGUUUGAACCGGUUUAUAUAGGUUGUAUCCUUCAUUUUUAGAAAAAUGAACGAGCGAAAAAGGAAGGAAUAUAUAUAUAAAAAAUGGAAAAUACACACGCAGCUUACGAUCGUCGAUAGAUCGUUCUUUUUCCAAAACUUGUAUCGAUAACAAGCGACAAAAAGAAAAGACGGCUGUUUCUCUACAUUUAGCGAUUUUAUAUAAUGCUUUUUACACGGUAUUUCUCGUCACGAUAAUAAUAAGAUAUAUAUAUAUAGUCAAAGCGAAAUUUAUAGAUCCUCAAUAGAUAGAUCCAUAGACAAUCGUACGAGUUUUGGAAAUUGAAGGGAAAAAUCACAAAUCAUAUAUAGAUAUUUAUAUUUCUCGUAAUUCUCGCAAUUUCACGUGUUUCAACGACUCCAGGCUAAAAAUUAUUUUCACAUUAUAGCAUGGAUGAUCGAGGGUAAAACUUGAAAUCGAUAUAUUUUUUUCUUUUUUUUUUUUUUUUUUUUUUCUUACUAUCGAUUCGUAAUCGAAGCAUUCGACGAACGAGCUCCCAAAAAGAGGCGUGUUUCGCGUUGCAAGGAUAGGAAACACGCGUUCGACAAUGCCAUUCAGCGGGAAGAAAAAAAAAAAAAUCACGGAUAACCGGGUGCGGUGAAGCCAACAAUACCUAUUCACAAAUCUCCUUCUUAUCGAAUUCCAUUGUUUUCACCAUUGCAAUCUCACUGGCUUUUUCGCGUCCAUAGCUAAUAGUAGUUACUUACAGAUCGAUUGAUGAUCGCUGUGCGAUCUUUUACGUUCCCGACGUGUCACGCCUUCGAUAAAAGAAGCCAUGGAUCCAAUAUUGAGCGUGUUGGCAAAGAGAGUGGCUGUAUUCUUGGGAAUUUUGCAAGUAGGUGAAAGAGCGUAUGAGUCACAAAACGUGUGUAGGUAGGGUAACAGUUUUUGCAUCUAGCACAACGGACACACACACACACACACACACACACACACACAUGUUGUACGUGCAUACGAUAUAUUGAAUGCUAAAGAGAAAGUCAUAGGACCGUGAAAGAGUAAUAUAGAAAUUUAGUCCGGUACCUUAACAUAAUUCCUUACAUUCUUUUUUUAACGUGUUACAUAAGGCAUAUACCAUGCAUCUCUUCCAUUUUUAGAUUCGUUUCAUUACGAAACGAAUAAUAUAUAUACAUAUAUAUAUAUUACCUAGCAAAUUUUCGGGUUGCGAAAAAUAUUCGAACCCCUUUCGUCUGUCUUCUUCCUCGUUCUUCUGAUCCGGCGAUGCCACGAAAAAAAAAAAGCAAUCGUGAUUGUGAAAUGUGUGAUAAAAUGUCGCGUGUAUAUUAUAUUUUUCUCUUUCUUUUUAUCGCGACUCCGUUUCCUUCCUUUCGCCGAUUUCUCGUCGUUGAGUGAUAAUUCACGAGAGAUCGCCUUGGGUGUUCUUUUUUUUCUUUUUUUUUUUUUUUUUUUAAAUGAAACGGGUGCAAUAAGAGAGAGACUACGCGAGCAGGAAUAUCGUUAGUUUCGUUGUUAAAUGAUCGUCGCGAGGAUAUAUGUGAUGAUAGGCUUCGUGGAAAGGAAGGAGGCGGAUUGCUGAAUUUUUUUUUUCUUGCUUUAUCAAUAUGUUUUUUUUUUUUUUUUUUUUUUUUUCCCUCCCUUGAUCGAUUGUUCCCCGAUUUCUCGGCUCGUUGCCCAAAGCUUUUUUUUUUUUUCUUUACGGCUGAGAAACGAAAAUCGAGUUAGAUGGAAAAGAGGCUUCCGGGAAUAGAAUUGUCUUCGAAUAGGAUCUUCCUUAUUUUUUAUUUUUUUGAUUCUCGAUCGUUAUACGCGGUACACGUUCGCGGAAAUGGAUGUGGGGGGGAUACAAUGGCGAUACACGAUUUUUUUUAUAAGAGAUGUGGAGAUCAACUUUUCUUUCUUUUUUUUUUUUUUUUUUUUUUUUUUUUUUUUUUUUUUUUUUUGGAUUUGAGGAUUCAAGUGGCCGCUACGCUUUUAAACGCGUGUAAAUAAAUGUAUAUAUUAUAUAGGAUGGUAUAUACACACGCAUACGUAACAUAAGCAGAUAUAUGCAUGUAUACUGCAAAUUUAUAUAAAAGGGGGAAUAUAUGAUAAGUGUAUAUGAGGUCAGAGAGAAAGGGAGGAGAGAGAAAGGAAAUGGGAAAGGGUGAAAAUUUGCGUGGAUAAGAGAAAUGAAUAUAUAAUGCUACUGAUUAUGGAUUAUAUUAAUAUUAUUAUUAAUUAUUAUUAAUUAUUAUUAUUAUAACUAUUAUUAUAAUUAUUAUUAUUAUUAUUACUAUUAUUAAUAUCUUAUCAACAUUUAUAUGAUAACUAUUACUAUUAUUACGAUUUUUUUUUCUUUUUUAGUUAAGAGUUUUUACUUAGCGUUUCACUGCUACAACAAUAUAUAUUAUAUAUACUAUAUAUAAUAAUAAUGAUAGUGACGAUAUAUAAUAGACUCUUAUGGGGGAAAAAAAAGGCAGAUAUAAAUAGUAAUUUCAACGCAUACGCAUAAAUGAUGAGGAUUCGUUCGAAUGAUUCGAACGAUCAUGGACGCCGCGGUCUUACAUAUAUAUAGAUAUAUAUAAUUAACAGAUUUUUUCACUGUUUGAUGACGAUUUGAAAUAUGAUCGGUACGUGAAAAAAAGAAAUAUUAUAUGGUAGGGAUUAUAUUAUAUUAUAUAUUACGAUGAAAAAAAAUAUAUAUAAAUAUAUGUCUAUGUAUAUUGUAAUUAACGAUAAUGAUGAUGAUGAUGAUAAUGAUGAAGGAAAAAAAAAGGAAAAUAGAAGAAAAACGGAAGGGUAGAUACGUUGAUAAUAUAACGAGCGCGAUUGCGAAGAUAUGUAAAGAUAUAAAUAGAAAAAAGAAAAAAGAAAAAAAAAAGAUUAAAAAAAAACGUCGUCGUCGCGGCCGAUCGCGGAAAAUUUACCCGGAAGAAAAUGCGUUUUAUACGGAAAAAAAGAGAAAAGAAGCCCAAUAUGUGGCGCCCUCGUGAGGGGAGAGAAAGAGAGAGAGAGAGAGAGAGAGAGAUAGGGAGAGAAAAAAUGAAGAAAAUGGUAAAACAAUGUGUUCAUUACAUUUGUAGGUAACAGUAUUCGUUUAUAUACAUACUUUUUACGGGCUAUAUCGAGAAAAAUAGGAAAAACGAUUAAAAAUGAAAAAGAAAAAAAAUACGUAAAAGAGAGAGAAAAAAAAAAAGAAAAAAAAAGGGGAGGAAACAAGAAAACGGUUACUCGAAAAUAUAAUAUAACCGGAACAAACUUCCGGAAGACUAGCUUUUUUUUUUUUUUUUUCCACGUAUACAUAAUACACCCUCAUAUACACGAUACAUCUCAGAUACGCAUGCACGCAAUGUACACACACACAAUGUACUCCUUUCCCUCGAUAACAUAACACGUUCACGCUAUAUGUAAUGACAUAUACAUGUACACGCAGGUAUUUAAAACAAAAAGCUUGUGUUUACGCGCGCGAGCGUUCGAAUAUGAAAAGAAAAGAAAAGAGGGCUGGAAUUUCGAAAGGGAAGCAAUACCACGCUCUCGCGACAAUGUCGGGCGAAAAUUAGAGGAGGAAAGUCGAGAGAGAGAGAGGGAUUUUCGAAAAAAGGAUUUUAAUAUUUACUGAGCAACAAAGAGGGCGAACGAUAUAAAGAGAUGGAGCAUUUUCUCCUCGAAGAGAAUCGACACCUUGGAUCGAAAACCAAAUGUGUGCACGUGCAUCCCGGAAAUAAAUGUCUCGACACGUAUUCCUCAUUCCUUCGACCGAUGUUUGUAAUACACACAUUCGACGCCGCCGCAUGCAUUCACACUUGCUAACUUUAACACUUUAUAUAUAUAUAUAUAUAUAUAUAUAUAUAUUUAUAUAUGUCCAUACACCACAUUUAUAAUACCAUACAAAUAGCAUAUACAUGUAGGGAGAGACACAGACACGGCAAACGUUAUAUACACACACACAGUCACACACCAGUUACACAUACACAGGUUAAUUAAAGACUAAUCGAACGACACAGACCUGAAACCUGAUUCGCAACCCAAGUGCUUCAAAUUUAUAUAGGUACAUAUUAAUCGCAGUAAUAAUGCAGUUCGGAACCACGGGUGGAACGCGUUUUUACGGAGUGUAGAGAGAAUAUAUGUGGGUAGGGAGGGUGGAUUCAACGCGGAAGAACUUUUCGAGUAAAAGUAAAAGUUCUCCAAAAAAAAAAAAAAGGCAGUCGAAGAGGCUUGACUUGGGGAAACCCGUUGUUUCCGGAGUACUUUUUGAUCGUGCAAAAAAACUACGAGAUACGAGAAGUUGAGUAUCCGAUGUGUGUUCCAGGGAAGAUUUUUCGUGCAAUUGAGCACGAUAUAAUCGUCGAGAGGACGUAUGAAUCCAUUUGUAAUAUGUAUUUCGGGAGAAAAAGUUUGACCUGUGCGCUUUUUAAAUAUACUAUGUAACAGAAAAUAUGGCUUUAUUCGUCGAAUAAUGAAAAAUGGAAAAAAAAAGAAAAAAGGAAAAAGGAAAAAGGAAAGAAAUGAAAUGAAAAAUGAUUUUAAGUAGAUAUUAUUAGCAAUUCACCGUAGAAAAAGAAGAAGAAGAAGAAGGGAAAGAAAAAACGAGAUAAUAUUCGAAUACCGAACGAGAUAUAUACACAAAGGCCUUACAAAUCGAAUCACAGUGUAAAGUUUCGACAUUCUUACAUCCGCGUGACAUUUUCUAGCCGUAGCUCCCGUUCUAUUUUUGACAGACUUUUUAUACGUUUAACCCUGCGAUCGCAAAUGACGAUAAUUAUAAAUAUAUAGAGUGCCGCUUUACGCGAUUACAGGAACGAUUAAUAUUAUAUUAUUACAAAAUAUAGAACACACACAGUAACGAAACGAAAAGACUAAAAACAGAAAAAAUAAAAAAACGAAAAAAAAAAACAAAAAAAAAAGAUGAAGAUGAAGAUGAAUGUUAAAAUGGAGGAGGAAAAAGAAGAUGAUGAAAAAAAAAAGGGGGAAAAUGUUUUUUAUAAAUGAAAAAUCGGAUUUAUUAACGAAAACAGAACGUUGUUCGCUAUACUCAGGAUAAUAAUAAGAGGCGCCUUAAUUUUUAACCGUUGUAAAAAAGAAAAAAAAGUGGAAAAGAAAUAAAAAAAGAAAAAAAAUUGAUUUCUGGGAAUAAACGGAAUACCUUCUCGCGUUAUGACGUCAUGUAUUUUACAUAAUACAUAAGAAAGAGUAAAAGAAGGAAAUAGAUGCUAUAAUAAUAUUUCUCUUCCUCUCCGCGUUGAAAUUUCUUCGAAAGAGGCUCGCGUUUCUUCUUUGAUUUCGCGGUUUUGAACGGGCGCGUGCUUGCGCGCGCGUGCGCGAGUCGCUAUCGAUCGAAUAAUGAAAGAAAAUGAAAAGGAAAAAGAAAAAAAAAAGAAAAGGAAGCAUUAUAUCGGCCACAUUUUUAUAGUUCUGCUUUUAAGAUAAAAAAAUUCGUUAGUUCGAUGCGACAAAAGGAAACUCAACUAUAUAUAUAUAUAUAAAAAAUAUAUAUAUAUAUAUAUACAUACCUCGCAAUAGAUUUCGCCUUCAUAAGACACAGUAGCCUUCUCUUCACGCUAAAUAAUAAUAAUAAUAAAUAGUGAAUCCCCGUUUUAUAGCAGCUCUCUGCUUUUUUUUGUUUUUCUAUUUUGCUCGUGUGUCCGACCUGUGAGUUCUCUAUAUCGUGCCAAAUCAUGAGAGAAGGGAAGGUGAAUCGAGAGAAAGAAAAAGAAAGAAAGAAAGAAAGAAAGAAAGAAAGAAAGAAAGAGGAAUCAUAGUUAAUACAUUUAGCUAAGCAUUAUUUUUUUUUUUUUUUUUUUUUAGCCAAAUUUAGUACGAUGAUUAUGACUAUGCUUUAAACCGUUUAAACUCAAUUAAUUCGGAAAAGAGCGAUUUAGAUAUGAUUUAGAAAUAUAUAUAUAUAUUUUUUUUUAUUCUUCCCUUUUCCCUGUUCUUUUGUUUCGUUUUAUCACCAUAUAUAUAUAUAUAUAUAUAAUCGUGUAUAAUUUUUUUUUUUCAUUUCUCCCUUCGAUUGACUAAAAAAUUUCCCUAAGCCUUCUCUCGACAAAGACAUUUCUUCGAAAAAUUGCUCAGAGAGUAACCCUCGCCGUUGGAUCGUGGAAACGUGUUUUCUUUCUUUUUUCUUCUUCUUUUUUUUUUUAAUCGUUUUCAAUACAAUCUUCUUUCUCGUUUUUGCUAUACAUUUUUUUGUUUCUCCCGGUUAAUUUGCGAAACGCUUUUUUAUCGAGGCUUCCUAUUAUUCUCCUUCAUUUCUUUUCUUAUAUAUAAAAUAUAUACAUAUAUAUAUAUAUAUGUAUAUUAAAAAAUAAAAAAAAAUAUAUACGAUUUUGUAAUUUUAUAUAAGGAUAUAAAUAUAUUUCGCACAGUUUCUUGAAUAUGCGUCACGUGAUCAACCGGGAGACCUGUAGCUUUAAAGAUUAGGCGCGUUGUUUGAAAUUUUUAAAAAAAAUCUUACAAUUUUACGACUCUUCUCCUGUUCUGUAAAUAGUGUUUAACGUUCAACGCAAUCCUGAAAGAAAUAAAAAGGAAAAAGAAAAUUAAAGAACAUAGUUAUCGAUAAAACGAGAUUAAAAUGGAAUAUACAGAGGGAUGAGAUAUUAUAGGAAUUUAAAGAUCGAAUUUUAAAGAUUACUAACGUAAAUAAGAUUACAGAUUAUUACACACAGAAAAAAAAUAACACGUUUCCAAGAUCUGACAGCGAUUUUGAAGAGUGCAAACGUACCUGCUAGCCACAUAGACAUUAAAAAUAAUCAUAGUUAAUUGUAUAAAAGGACAGAGAGGUGGUAUAUAAGGAAGAUUGCGCGUUUUGUAAACGACAUACGUCGACGUAGCUUUAGCUUAGGAAAGGACAACGCAAUUAUAUACUAUUAUAAUACUGUUAUCAUUAUAUAAGUAAAAAAAAAAAAAAACGACUCGAAGUGGCGCGCGAGAUUCGUGUUCAAAUGUGUUCUAUCAGAUAUAAAAAAAAAAAAAAAAAAAGAAGAAACGAAUAUAUUUUCAUUUUUGUUCUUAUCUAUUUUUCUUAUCAUUAUUUCUUUUUGUUCGUUUUUACUUACUGAUCCGUAAAUACGUAAUGUAAUUAGGAUAAUUUUAUUCACACGUUAAUCUAGAUCUUACGCGGGCACGAACGAAUCUUGCGAUCUCCACGGUGUUUCCUUUUUGUAAACUUUUUUUUUUUUUUUUUUUUUUAAAUGUACACGAGUGCAGUUUCAGAUAUAAUUAUAAAAAUAUGCGCAUACAGUACAGAGAACGUCCCCUCCUCCGAACACAACGAUAUCAUAGAUAGAACGAUUAUGCAACGUGUAUCUUUUCUCUCGUGUUCUUUUGUUUCCGCCUCCCCCCUCCCCUUAUUAUACGCGUAUCUUUCUUUUUUUGUUUUUGUUUUUUGACUUGGAAAACGUGUGUGGCCGACGAUAUAAAGAGAUGAUCGUUCGCUGAAUUUUCUUUUUCUUUUUGCAACGCAUACUUUUUUGCAAUAAACAAUGCCAGGGAGGACGAUUUUUCAUUGAUGUGUGCGCGAUGUAGUGCAAGUGUUUACGGAUGCGAAGAAAAAGAUACGAUUAGCCAAUAAUUGAAACGUGUAGGAAAGGUGUAGUGAAGAGAAAGGGAGAAAGUGAGAGAGGGAGAGAAAGGGUUUGACAAUGAGAAAACGAGUGAUAAAGAUGCGAGAGCGAGACUGAAAGAUUCCGAGGAUUCGAGAGUGGUUCUUUUUUUUUUUUUUUUUUUUAUUAUGAAUGUAUAAGAUAAAAAAAAAAUAUAUAUAUAUAUAUACAGUUUCCUAUGUGAGAAACAAACGUGUAAAAUCGUGUUAAACCUCCAACGUUUUUUAUAAUAAAGAUAAAUAGGGAGGGGUUAAUACACGUGCGUCAAUGAGGUAAGAAGAGGGUGAAGUUAUGAGGUAUCUUCUCUUCUAACGGAUCUAUAUUUUCAGGGGCCCCCCGGGGGAGGGGAGAAGGGUUCUCGACGAGAAUACUUAAACGUAAACUUAGGUUUUUUAUUCAGAGUAAAACAAUAUUUUUUAUUUAUCCCUUUAUUUUUAUAUGACGUUGCUACUGGAAACCGUUUCUAGAGUGGGAGGAUGAAGAUUGACGCGUGAAAGGGUAUCGGGAUGAGUGGAUGAGAAAACGUCAGAAUCGAACGAAAGAGGAGAGAGAGCGAGUGGACGAGAGAGGGUGAAAAUAGAACGAAGAUAGGGGGGGGAGGGUUUAAUUAAAUUGAUGAGCCGGAUGAGUGGUAACCAGAGCUACACAACGAAAAUGUACCAUCUUUAAAUAGAAGAUGGGGUGUAAAACGACGGGGAUCGUUAUAUAUAUAUAUAUAUGUGUGUGUAUAAAAUCCUGGGAUAGAAUAGGAGUUGGAGGAAAAAUAGUGGAAAAAAAAAAAAUAAAUAAAUUGGGAACCCCGACAACACAGAUUUUCGAACUGCGAUAUUCAUGUUAUACUAUAUUAUAUAUAUAUACAUAUAUAUUAUAUAUACAGAUAGACCGAUAGAAUCUCUUAUUUUUGCAAGAAAACCAGAUUUCCGAAAAAUGGAAAAAAAAAGUAAAAGUGAAAAGAAAAAAUAUACUGAAAAUAAAACAACCGUUCGUCGUUAAGCGACAAGGAAGACGAGAGAGACAUGCGUUUUUCGAUACAAUUUUUCUUCUUCCAAUUGUUCGAUUUUUUUAUAUUACGUGUACAAUCACAAUGUAUAUUAAUUUUUUUCUUUUUAAUAAAAUUCCAUUAUUAUCUUUCUUCUUACUCGUUGAUUAUUGAAACAUCGAUGUGUUUCCGGUUUCGAUUGAAACCAGAAAUUGAGAAAAUACAUCCAAAUACAUUUCUUUCGUCUUCAUUGAUCGCAUUUAAUUCGACGAACGUGCACCACAGAGACUUAGCCGCUUUAAACCGGGGGUGGCGUCGUUGGAAUUUCGUCUCGAUUCUCGCGACGAUACAAGCUUUCUACGUAAUCACGGAUAAUUUUAAAAGAGAUAAAAAAAAAAGGAAAAAAAGGAAGAAAAGAUGAGAAAUUGCGUAAAGUGUAAAUCGAGGGACCCUACGUUCCGACCGUAUAUGAGAUAUAACAAAAUUGCGCUUUUUUUUUUUUAGAAAAAAAAAAAAGAAAAAAGAUGUUUAGGAAACAUGAUGAUGAGGGGAAAAAAGAAUAAAGAAAAUUUUAUCCUCCCUUCGAGAGGGAUGGAGAACACAGAGUUUUUACAUUAGAAAAGAGAAUUUUGACCUCGCAAACUCAAAGUUCUCCGUGAAAGAGAAAGAGAGAGAGAGAGAAUGAGAGAGAAAGAAAGAGAGAGAGAAAGAGAGAGAAAGAGCGGGUAGAUAUAAUCGUCUAGGAUUUGAUGCUAAUUACCUUAUUAUUCUAUUAUCGAUUAUCGAGCAAUACUGUUAAGAAUUAUUUAACGAUUAACGGUAAUAACGAUUGUACUACUCACUUUGUAUUAUAAAUAAUAUUUAAUAUAUAAUAUUAUAUAAUAUAUUAUAUUAUACACUUUAUAUAUAAUAACCAAUAUACGCAUAUAGAACAGCAUAUAUAUAUAUAUAUAUAAUCUUCUACCUAAUAAUAUAAUAUAUUAUCGAUAAUAUUAAUAUUAAUUAUUAAUAACGAUAACACAUUACUAUUUCGGUAUGGUUAUCUCUGCGUGGCUAAAAGGGAGAGAAUGCUUCUCGAAUUUUUCAUUUUCUCAUCGAGAACGCUUUCGUGAAUUUUUCUAUAUAUACAUAUAUAUAUAUAUAUAUAUAUAUAUGUAUAUAUAUAUAGAAAAUAUAUAUAUAUUUACGUAUGUUGUAAUGAUUCGUGAUCGGCCGAUCUCGCGGAUAAUAGACGAAGUUAAACUGGACCCACCUCCUUAUUAAAACUAAACGAAUAAAUAUAUAAAUAAAUAAGAUAAAUAAAAUAAAUAAAAUAAAAUAAAUAAAUAAAAAAAAAGAGUUCACUUGUACCUAUACCUCGAACGAUUGUUGGAUAAAGAGUUUAGGAAGCGGAAGGGAACGUUACGAUUUUAUGAUUUUUUAACGAGAGAACGAUCGCGGUUUGUCGUUCCCCGAUAACAUCCGUGUCCUUAGCCACCAUCCCCUUUUGGUGGUCGUCCUUUCCUCCCUCCCUCCCUCCCUCCCUCCCUCUCUCUCUCUCUCUCUUGUUUCUUAUUUUUCCUUCCCUUCCGGUGGCGCACGCCACCUUUCGAGACCGGAAGUUGUCGGGGAAAGCGUGCAAAAAAACCUAAGAGUCACCCCCGUAAAAUUAAUUUACGUAACAUUUUAUUAAUGUAUACAUAAAUACGCAUACGCAUGUUAACCGCGGGGAAAGAAUGAAAGAUGAAAAAAAACAAAAAAGGAAAAAAAAAACGAAGAGAGGAACUAUAUUAUAUUAACUAACUAACGAUAAGCGAAGCGCAUCGCGGUGAAUUAAGACACAACAUUUAUUAUACAACAUAUACUAUUAAGGGAUGUGCUUGUGUACGCGUGUACGCACACGAUUUUUUUUUUCUUUUCCUCUCUUUUCUAUUCGCGCCACGUGUAUACGUGUACACGGUACGUAACGUACAUACACACACACACACACAUAGGUACACACAUUACAAGAUAGAUAGAAGGAUAAUAAAAUGAAGAAGUAAUAUUUAUUCCACAAGUUAAAGAAAUAGUAAUAUUAGAAGUAAUAUUUAUAUAUCUAUAUUUACUAUUUGCAUAUUAUAUUACGACGUAACUCUACGCCCCAUCCCCUGAUUGGGGAUGGGCGGGGUGGAUUUUGUAUAGGAAGGAUGCGACAAAACGUGAGAGAAGAAGAAAAAGAGAAGAGAAAAGAAAUUCGAAGGUGAGGUGAGAGAGAGAGUGCACGAGAGUGUGAAAGAGAUGGAAGGGAGACGAGAGAAGAUACAUGUGCUUGUUUGUAAAAUGGAAGUGUUGAAAAAAGGUACAGAGAGUGAGAGUGAAAUUAAA